AUGCAUCUCCAAAACUCAAUGAUCUUGUCUCUUUUCUUCUUCUUCUAUCUUGUGGCAACAACUCAUGCAAAGGAUGAUCAGUUUUUCGAGUGUGUCGAUUUCUACAAGCAGCCCUCACUACAACAUCCUUUACUGAAACACCACAAACUCCAGAUUAUGAGCUCACCAAGGAGAAGUACUAUAUGUCCGAGAGGGAUGGUCCCGAUCCAGAAAUUUCGUAACAACGCCAACAAUCUUAAUGCUCAAGUUGCCGUUAAUCAUGCAACACUUGACACAAAAUUUGCAAGUGAAAAAUACCAUGGUGCGAGUGCAGUCUUAAGCAUACAUAAUCCGACGUUCAGUGGAAAAGCUACAAGAAGUAAUAUUUGGAUUGAGAAAGGGGCUCCUCAAGGACUCAACUGCAUUAUAUUUGGCUGGGCGAUAGAACCAAAGUUUUACGGUGAUAACAAGACUCACUUCACGACUUAUUGGUCGAACGAUGGAUUUUAUAAAACGGGAUGUUAUAAUACAGUAUGCAAAGGAUUUAUACAACACUUUUCAGAUCUGUAUCCUGGCAAACCUUUUGACCAAGUAUCUACUUAUGGUGGACGACAAGUAGCUGCAAAUCUAUCUAUUAUUCGGGAUGGACCUACGGGAAAUUGGAUGCUAAUGAAUUCUGGUGCGUUAGUUGGAUAUUGGCCUAAGGAAUUAUUCUCACACUUAGGAUUGGGAGCUGAUACAAUCCGUUACGGCGGGCUAACGGUUGGAGGUGCUCCGAUGGGCAACGGAAAGUUUCCAGAUAAGGGAAAUGAUCUAAGUAAAUCCUCGUAUUUUAAAGACAUGAAAUAUGUUGAUGCCAAUUUCAAGAACAAUCCCAUCAGUGAGCUGGAGAUGAUUGUUGAUACGCCAAAACCCUACUGUUUUAGGUUGAAUUAUUUGAAAGAUCAACAAACCAUUACAUAUGGUGGGCCUGGUCCUUGCCCUUAUUAA